UAUUGUGAAUGGAUAUGUGUAAAAAAAACAUAUUUCUGACAUGUAGAAACACACACGUAAAGGGUUAAUUAGCAAAGAAAAAUUAUAAAAAAUAAUAGAAUAUUAAAAAAAUAAACAAAUAUUUUAAAAGUGAAACAUAAAAUAUACAAAUAGAAUGCUAAAAAUUCUACCCCUAGCUAACUUAAGCCAACAAGCGAAAGCAAAAUGUGGCGAAAUCUUUUGUCACAGUUCCACAGACUACACAAUCUAUUGCACCUUUUGCGAUAUGAAAGCCUUUACCUUUGAGGAUUUCCUGUUGCAUGUACAGAAUGUGCAUUUUGAAAAUAAUAUUUUAAAAACGGAAACCUUUAGCAACAAUGAUUGUCAUCAGUAUUUAGAGGUAAAUGUUAAGUCGGAAAAUAACGCGGACAGUUCGGCAGUGGCAGACGGUGGAGAGCAGCGACAAUUACAUGAAGAACAAGAGGUAUUAUGGGAUAAUUUAGAACAAACCUAUGAAGAGGAAAUUGCUGGUGGUUAUGAUGAUGACUAUGAGGAGGAUGAUGAGGGCGGAGAGGAUAGUUUUGAAGAGGAAGCGGUGGCGGUAUUGAAGAAACCUAAAAAACAAAUUAGACAAAAAAGGGAAAAACUUUUAAAACCCAAGAGAAAUGAGGAGAGUGGAGAAGAAGAGGAUAAUGAUCAUAGUUCUGAUGAGGAUUUCAAGCCAGAGAUAAAUAAUAAAGACAGCUCUGGAGCAGCGGAACAGGAAAAACCUUUUCAAUGUAGCGAGUGCAACAAAGCCUUCAAAAACCUGGGACUUUUAAAAAUACAUCACACACGCCAACACGAAGAGAAAUCAGCCGAAUAUUUAGAGAAAAAAGAAAAAGAAGACAAGGAACAACUAUGUCCGGAAUGUGAGCAAAUAUUUCCCAAUAAAAAGUAUUUGGAUAAACAUGUUUACGAUGAACACGGCGGCUAUAAAUGUGCCCAUUGUGAUAAACGUUUCAAGCAACGUCACCAACGUAAACGCCACGAACAGUCUCAUACCGCGGAAAGGGUAUUUAUUUGCCAUUUUGAAGGUUGUGGCAAAAGCUUUACCGAAAAAUACUAUCUGAAACGUCACGUAGACAUACACACCACGGAACGCAAUUUCAUUUGUGAUUUUGAGAAUUGUGGCAAGGCAUUUCAUACGCAAAGACGCCUAUCCGCCCAUAAGAAAAUCCAUACUAAACCGAAAAAUUUGGUUUGUGAUGCUUGCGGCUAUACGUGUCGUGAAAAUGAAACGCUACGGGUGCAUCAGCGUGUACACACGGGCGAAAGACCAUAUGCCUGUGAAGUGUGCGACAAACGCUUUAUAUCCAGUUCUGCUUUGGGUGAACACAUGGCCUCUCACUCCAAUACCCGCCCGCAUGUGUGUAAAGUUUGUAAUGCUUCAUUUGCUCGCCAGAAAGCUCUUUAUCAUCAUAGUUUCCUGCACUCAGAUGUUAAAAAGUUUCGUUGUAAAAUCUGUGGCAGUGCCUAUAAACAGGCCUCCGGUUUGGCCGGUCAUAUGCGUAAACAUCGUGAGGAGGGCAUGAUGUCCAUGUUACCCGAAAGACCCUCCAUGUCAACGGCUCCCAUACCAGCAACUCCGCCAGUGGUGGCAGUACCUCCUGCCUAUCCAUUUAUGUCGUUUUAGUUUAGUUACUCUGUAAAUAUUUUAUUAGUUUUAUGAAUAGUUUUUUAGUUAUAGCAGCUGUAUAUACGUUUAUUUACCUUAAAACUUGUAUAUUGUGUUUUAUGUAUAAUUUUUUACAUAACAUGUAGCAAUAAUAAAAAACAACAAUCAA